CAUCAUCAUUAUUAUUCUUAUCUACUUCAAGUCACAUUCACUCUCCACUUAACUUCCAAGACUUUCUUGAAUUCCUUUACUUCCCUCCACACUUUCCACCAUGUCUGCCGAUCCGAAGCCCCUCCGCAUCGUCGUGGCCUGCGAUGAGGCCGGCCAGCCCUACAAGGAGACCCUGAAGGCUGCUCUCGAGAAGAACCCUCUGGUUGAGUCCAUCCAAGACGUGGGCGUCAACUCUACCUCCGACAAGACCGCGUACCCUCACCCCGCUGUCGCUGGUGCCAAACUCAUCAAGGAGGGCAAGGCAGACCGUGGUCUCUUCAUCUGCGGUACUGGUCUUGGUGUCGCCAUCUCCGCCAACAAGGUGCCCGGCAUCCGCGCUGUGACGGCACACGACUCCUUCUCCGUCGAGCGCUCCAUCCUCAGCAACGACGCCCAGGUGCUUUGCUUUGGCCAGCGCGUCAUCGGCAUUGAGCUUGCGAAGAAGCUCGCCAACGAGUGGGUGACCUACCGCUUCGACCCCAAGAGUGCCUCCGCCGCCAAGGUGCAAGCCAUCUCCGACUACGAGAAGGAACUCGCUGGUACGGCUUAAGUGGGACUGUCAGUCAGUCAGUCAGUCAACCCCAGUCAAUCCAGUACUACGAUGUUCCUUGUCUGUGCGGCAUGACAUGAACACCAGCCACAACCGAAGUGGCAGCGGCAGCGCCAUAAUCUCCGGCGUGUUACUAUAACUAUAGCUUCCCUUUCACCUCUUACUUUCGAGCGAAGCGAUCUGGUACGGCUGGAUCCGGGCCUUUCCCUUCUAAUAUCCGACGAGUCAAUGAUACCACGAGUUGUACGGAAUGAUAUGGCCGGCCAUUCUUUCAUUAGAGCAGUAGGUAGAAAAUGUACUAUAUUGCUCCAUAUGCCUUCUAUUUCGUAGACGAUCGUUUAUACCAUCAAGAUCCAUUGUAAUCAACCACCUAACUCUCUACCACAAAUACAG